AUCUCGCUCAGUGCGGUGAACGAGCUCGGCAGAGCGGCUGUGCGGAAGUUCUUUCAUCCGUGCUGCAGAAGGGGCUUGCUUCGCCCUCGCGAUUAUUCUCGUCACAAGUUUAUGGUUGGAUAAAAGCGGUUCAGGUGGAACUUCUGGACAGUACACCCCAACUUGAGUUUUACUACAUCCACAGUCUGCUCCAUUUAUUGUCGGGUGAUGGCGAGGCCGAGCCACAGCGAGCAUGUGCUGCAGCAGCUCAACAACCAACGGGAGUGGGGCUUCCUGUGCGACUGCUGUAUAGCCAUUGGCGACAUCUACUUCAGGGCCCACAAGGCAGUGCUGGCUGCGUGCAGCUCCUACUUCCGCAUGAUGUUCAUCCGGGACCAGCAGGGGACAGCUCGCAUGGAUCUCAGCAACAUGCAGAUCAGUGCAGAGUGCUUCGACCUCAUCCUGCAGCUCAUGUACCUUGGCUGCAUCGUGGUGGGCAGCUACGAGUUUGAGGAGCUCAAGGUCUCAAUGGCCUACCUGCAGAUGUACUACAUCCCAGACACCCUGGAGGACCUCAGGGACAUCAGGAACACCUCCAACCUCACACCGUCCUCCUCGGCCUCCUCCUCUUCCUCCACCACCUCAUCCAGCUCCUCCUCCUCCAUUGGCCCGGCAAUUGCAGGAAAAAUGAUGUUUGGAGUCCGCAUGUACGAGCAGCAGAAGCCAAGCACCCCAGAGGGGGAGCCCAAAAGUUUGCCCAAAGUUGCCAUCACUGCUGUGCCUGUGCGACCAAGCAUUCCUGUCCAAGUCAACAGGCCUCCCCCACUUGUGGUGGAGGAUGUGGCUUCCCCUUUGGUAGUAGUUGCACCACCGUUUCUAGACAGUGUGGCUGAGCAGCCUUGUGACCUGCGCAAGAGGCCCGGUGGCCGGAGUGCCACCCUGAAAGAGCGUCCCCGCUUCGGGCGCACAUACACCUGCGACGACUGUGGCUUUGUCUUUAGCUGCGAGAAGUUGCUGAUCGAGCACAUCCUCACCUGCACCAAUCGUAAGGCCUUUCAGGUCCCCAGGACCAGCUCCGAGGCAGACAACGACUCCAGCAAGGUGGAGAGCUCGGCCUCUGAGGGGAUGGAGGAGCACAGGGUGGUCUGCAAGGGUGAAGAGGAUUGGCCAGAUCACAAGUCAGACGCUGACACAGUGAUCAGGUCCAUGACAGUUGGUACGGAUAACGAGCCUGGUUCUGCUAGAAAUAUCACCAUCAAGGUGGAGCUGGAAGAAAGCGUGGUGUCCGAUAUGGAUGGCAUUAAGGUAGUUCAGGUGGGAGAGAUCAGUGCGAGGCACGGUGCACUCAGCGACACUAUGAGGGAACCGAUUAAAUUUAACCGGGAGGCCGAGGCUUGUGUUUCAGUCAUGGACGACAGCAACGAGCCAUUCGAGGGGCACAUGUCCAGCAACAAGGAUUCUGGCAUACCUGUUAAGAUGCGCAAGAUUAAAGAGGAGAAGCAGGACGGGGACAGUGCACCGUGUGAGCUGUGCGGGGAACUGCUCACAAAGGAGGACCAGUCAGCUCACUACAUCUCCAGCCACAUGGGCCACAUCUGUGCCUGCGGGAGGUGUGGCCAGGUCCUAAUCAAGGGGAGGCAACUGCAGGAGCACGCUGAGCGUUGUGGCGAACCUCAGGGUGCGGACACCGACUCCCACGGGGAGGAGGCAGACUCGCCCCUGCCCGAGGACCCGCAGGCCAUGGACGAUGGGCUGCUGGAGGGGGGUGACCUGGCCUGCCCCCAGUGUGGCUUGCUUUUCCAGAGUGAGAGCCUAGCAUUGGAGCAUGCUCUGGCCUGCCACGAGCAGGAGCUGUUCCGCCCCGCUCUGCUGGAGGAUGGCGGCGUCGAACCGGACCACCGGCGCAAGCACUUCUGCGCCAUCUGUGGCAAGGGCUUCUACCAGCGCUGCCACCUGCGGGAGCACUACACCGUCCACACCAAGGAGAAGCAGUUCACCUGCCAGACGUGCGGCAAGCAGUUUCUGCGUGAGCGGCAGCUUCGGCUGCACACCGACAUGCACAAGGGCAUGGCGCGCUACGUCUGCCCCGUGUGCGACCAGGGAACCUUCCUCAAACACGACCAUGUGCGCCACAUGAUCUCGCACCUGUCGGCCGGCGAGACCAUCUGCCAGGUGUGCUUCCAGAUCUUUCCCAGCGGAGAGCACCUGGAGAAGCACAUGGACGUGCACCUGUACAUCUGUGGCGUCUGCGGGGAGAAGUUUCGCCUUCGCAAGGACAUGCGGAGCCACUACAACUCCAAGCACACCAAAAGACUGUGUCCUGCCUGAAUUUUAUGCAUCUAUUACUUAAAAGCCAUAAAUGUGAGAACAAAUUUAUGCACUUGAACACCAAAAAAAGAAAACCUAUAAAAUCUGCACUUUCAAAUUUGUAUGAAUAAUCAAAGUGUGUUAUUGCCUCAAAUUUUGGCCAUUUUGUCAUUAGUUUCACACCCCUGUACUAAACACACAUUACUGCCAUUUGUUGACAGUGCCACAGUACACAAAUCCUUGGCUCAUCUUUUAAGGCUUUUGGAAUCUGGUGUUUCUCAGCAAACAGCCUAUGCAAUACACAGUUCAUGGAAUGAAGUGGAUUCAACUUAAGUUCCUUGCAAAGAGGUGUGUUUUGAUUGUAAUAUGAAUCCACACUUCAAUAUAGUCUUUGUGAGUAGUUACUGUACAUAGCACUUGUGCAUUUACAAUGAAGAAUGGCCUUGCCUUUGCUUUGGCGGUGCCGUGCUCUUGCUUUACAGGUGUGCAUGAGAGUGGCAUUGCAUUCUGAACACUGUCUGCCAGUCUUUGCCACUUUGCAACGCUCACUUCUUUGUCAUUUCAAUGUAAAGCAUUAGGGACAUGGACAAGCAUAACUGAAUAUCUCAACAAAUUGACUCGUCUGGCACCUUGUAUUUUAAAAUGAUGCUACGAAAUGGAAAGAGAGGCAUCGUUUGUUUAGCCCAAUCAUAACAUAGGCUGCAUCACGGUUUUCCAAAAUUCUGUUUCAGACAGGCUCAGAAAUUCCUGUCUUUAAAGGCCCAGUGCAGUCAAAAACGUGAUUUCCCUGUGUUUUAUAUAUAUUGCCACACUAUGAGGUUGGAAUAAUACUGUGAAAUUGUGAAAAUUAUUAUAUAAUGCCCUUUUAGUGUAAGAGCCCACAGGGACCCGCACAAAAAAGUACAAAAAUGUAUGCACUCACUACUGUAAGUCGCUCUGGUUAAGAGCGUCUGCUAAAUGACUCAAAUGUAAAAGACUGGUUUUGGUGGGGUGGAGUUUUGG